AGAGUUGGUUAUUGUAGGAUGCACGUGAAUACAGAAGAUAUCACGGUAAUGUGGGGCCAACAGCCACAUCAGUUGGACUCCACCUAUGGAAAAUGGCGUAUAGCUGUAUUCCAAGAUGUUCAAGAAUCCAUCGACAUGUCCAAGUUGUACUUCCUGUAUGAUCCUAUCGCUGAUGAAGGGAGUGGCACCAGUGGCACACGAAAAGGUUACCCUGGCUUGGUCAUAUUCGACGUAAACAUAAGAUGUUUUGCUGGAGAAAUACCGCUGCAUGCUCAAGGAACGAUGAAGUUUCUGUUUCAACUAAAAUGUCCUUCUCCGCAAGGCGGUUCUGCUUUUGUACUUGUGACGGAGGAACAGAUUUAUGGUCAGAUACGACUGCAUGUAUUUCGUCUUGAUCUUGCUGCUGAUGGCCUUUCUGUGAGCAACUGUCGUCCACUCUUGAAUCAGCCUCUCACUAUCGGUGGAGAAUACAUCGCUUCUAUGCGAGAGGAUGCUCCAGAAAUUGUCGUUAUGGCUAAUCCGGGUCUACAGGUAUGGCGAAUUAAUGCUAUGGCGGAACAGCCCACGGAGCCCACGGAAAAUUUCACUGUGCCAGGUGCCGAACUAACGCAUUUUUAUGACGGAUUUUUGAGCAACGGAAGCGUUCAUUUAUUAUCUUCAUCGCCCGAUGGUCACCUCGACCACUCACGAGUUCAUGUUCUUAACCUGGAGAAUCCAGCUCAUGUGAUCACCACACACAACUGCACACCCGAUCCAGAACGAGGAAUGCCACGACCGAGAAAGAACGCCGGCAUCGAUGGAACAGCUGAUGCAAUACUCAUUGCUGGAGGUGAAAUCGACCAUGGAAAUUACAACGUGGAACGCUUAGUUGACUACUGGGUUUUGAACACGAGAACAUUCCAGUGGCUGCAGAUACCUGCUCAAAUGCCUUGCCCUUUGAUCGAGCCAAGGUUGACCGUUUGCAACUCAGGAAACAUCUUCCUCUGGGGUGACUUCGAUCAGCCACUACCUGGUAUGCCUCCUGGUGGCACUCAUCUGCGCAUCAUGAAGGUUUCGGGAAUGGACAAAGCUGGGCAUCCUCCUCCAUACGACGAGUCUGUGUCGCAACCGCCGCUUUAUCCUGCGCUGAAUCCUUCUUAUCCCAAACCCGGUGGUGCUGCUCCGCCAUACCCUGCUUACAAUCCGGCUCAGACCAAUCCGGGAUAUGGAGCACCACAAAAUCCUGGCUAUGGAGCUCCACAGCCUGGAUAUGGUACCCCUACUCCGGGUUAUGGAGCACCACAAAAUCCAGGUUACGGAGCACCACAGAAUCCAGGUUACGGAGCACCAUCGCAGCCAUCGCAGCCAUAUCCAUACGGUGGUGGCGGAAGUGGUUAUGGCAGUGGUUUUGGUGACGAAAGUCACGGCACCGAGGGAUUCCAGCAAGUUCCCGCUGGACCGAAUCAAACUGCCUUUUAUCCUCCACCGAAAUCGAAGAAAGACUGCUGCAUUCAGUAAGAAAACGGCUUCCUUUUUUGCGGUAUCUGUACAUAGUUAACUGAGAUUUAACUUACGAAUCCGUUUAAGUAGACUUACAGGCCAUUGCUUACCUUUCCUUUUGGUUUUUCGUCAGUGGUGUCGACGUGUUUGUAUGCAUACUUCUGCUUUGAUAUCGAUGUUACCAUGUAUGCGCUUUCCAUUUUGCAGUACAUUGCUACCUGUAUAUUUAUAAAAAAUCCUAUAGAAUAUAAUAAAUGCAUCUACUCUCGG